GAGGGGGAGGUGGGCGCUGGGCUGCCUGGCACUGGGCAGAGAACAUAUGGCGCCAGCGGAGUGCCUCGGGUGGGGAGGAUGGGUGCGUGUGCUUGAAGCCUGGGUCAUGUCUGCACCUGUCCCAGUUGCCUGGCAGAUUGGCAAGGCAGGCUGGCAGAGCCUGCAUGCGUAGGAGGCAGCCGGCAGCAGCACCAUGUGCUAACGACCUCACAGCCAGACUCCCCCUGGUUAGUGCUGAGUGUCAGAACCACCCCCAGAACCUCAGUUAAGCAAAUAGGUUGGUUUCCAUGGAGACGUGGCAUAUUUUCUCCAUGGCAACCUAAAAUCCUAAAACCCAUGUUCAGGAAUGAGUCAUCUAUGGACAGUAGAGGGUGCUCUCCCACAAGGCUGACCUGAGGCCAGGGGCAGAUGAGCAACUGACCACAGACCCAGAGGUGCCCCCAGAGUGUGGCUGGGGCCUGCGGGGACUGAGUCGGCCGUUUAACCACUUCCCGCCCACCUGUGCAAUUUGAGGAGCUGGCCAGCCCAGGACCCACUGUAUGACGUGCCCAAUGCCAGCGGCGGGCAGGCAGGCGGGCCACAGCGGCCGGGACGCGUUGUGAGCCUGCGGGAGCGCCUGCUGCUCACCCGGCCUGUGUGGCUGCAGCUGCAAGCCAACGCAGCCGCGGCACUGCACGUGCUGAGGACCGAGCCCCCGGGGACGUUCCUCGUGCGGAAAUCUAACACCCGACAGUGCCAGGCCCUGUGCAUGCGACUGCCCGAAGCCAGCGGCCCCUCCUUCGUCUCCAGCCACUACAUCCUGGAGAGCCCUGGCGGCGUCUCCUUGGAGGGCUCGGAGCUCAUGUUCCCAGACCUAGUCCAGCUCAUCUGUGCCUACUGCCACACCCGGGACAUCCUUCUCCUCCCGCUGCAGCUCCCCAGAGCCAUCCACCGUGCAGCCACCCACAAAGAGCUGGAGGCCAUCUCCCAUCUGGGCAUUGAGUUCUGGAGCUCCUCCCUCAACAUCAAGGCUCAGCGGGGCCCGGCUGGAGGCCCAGUGUUGCCCCAGCUGAAGGCCCGGUCCCCUCAAGAGCUGGACCAGGGCACCGGAGCCGCCUUGUGCUUCUUCAACCCCCUGUUCCCGGGGGACCUGGGGCCCACCAAGCGGGAGAAAUUCAAGAGAAGCUUCAAAGUGCGCGUGUCCACAGAGACUUCCAGCCCCCUGUCUCCACCUGCUGUGCCGCCUCCCCCCGUCCCUGUGUUGCCAGGGGCAGUCCCCAGCCAGACAGAGCGGCUGCCCCCUUGCCAGUUGCUGCGGAGGGAGAGUUCAGUGGGGUACCGCGUGCCAGCAGGCGGUGACCCUAGCCUUCCGCCUAUGCCCUCCCUCCAGGAGGUGGACUGCGGCUCCCCCAGCAGCUCCGAGGAGGAGGGGGCGCCAGGGUCCCGGGGGAGCCCAGCGACCUCACCCCACCUGGGCCGCCGCCGGCCUCUGCUUCGGUCCAUGAGUGCCGCCUUCUGCUCCCUACUGGCGCCGGAGCGGCAGGUGGGCCGGGCCGCGGCGGCACUGAUGCAGGACCGACACACAGCCGCAGGCCAGCUGGUGCAGGACCUACUGACCCAGGUGCGGGCCGGGCCUGAGCCCCAGGAGCUGCAGGGCAUCCGUCAGGCACUGAGCCGGGCCCGGGCCAUGCUGAGCGUGGAGCUGGGCCCUGAGAAGCUGCUGCCGCCUAAAAGGCUGGAACAUGUCCUGGAGAAGUCAUUGCAUCGCUCUGUGCUCAAGCCUCUCCGGCCCAUCCUGGCAGCCCGCGUGCGGCGCCGGCUUGCCGCAGACGGCUCCCUGGGCCGCCUAGCUGAGGGCCUCCGCCUGGCCCGGGCCCAGGGUCCCGGAGCUUUUGGGUCCCACCUGAGCCUGCCCUCCCCAGUAGAGAUGGAGCAGGUGCGCCAGAAGUUGCUGCAGCUGCUCCGCACCUACUCACCCAGCGCCCAGGUGAAGCGGCUCCUGCAGGCCUGCAAGCUGCUCUACAUGGCCCUGAGGACCCAGGAGGGGGAGGACGCGGGUGCUGACGAGUUCCUGCCUCUGCUGAGCCUCGUCUUGGCCCACUGUGACCUUCCUGAGCUGCUGCUGGAGGCCGAGUACAUGUCAGAGCUGCUGGAGCCCAGCCUGCUCACCGGAGAGGGUGGCUACUACCUGACCAGCCUGUCUGCCAGCCUGGCCUUGCUGAGUGGCCUGGGUCAGGCCCACACCCUCCCACUGAGUCCCUCGCAGGAGCUACGGCGCUCCCUCAGCCUCUGGGAGCAGCGCCGCCUGCCUGCCACCCACUGCUUCCAGCACCUCCUCCGAGUAGCCUAUCAGGAUCCCAGCAGUGGCUGCACCUCCAAGACCCUGGCCGUGCCCCCAGAGGCCUCGAUCGCCACCCUGAACCAGCUCUGUGCCACCAAGUUCCGAGUGACGCAGCCCAACACUUUUGGCCUCUUCCUGUACAAGGACCAGGGCUACCACCGCCUGCCCCCUGGAGCCCUGGCCCGCAGGCUGCCCACCACUGGCUACCUUGUCUACCGCCGGGCAGAGUGGCCUGAGACCCAGGAGGCUGCAACAGAGGAGGAGGGCAGAGGGCAGUCAGAGGCAAGGAGCAGAGGGGAGGAGCAAGGGUGCCAGGGAGAUGAGGACGCUGGGGUCAAAGCCAGCCCCAGGGACACUCGGGAAGAGUCUGACACAACUGCUGAAGGGGGCCAGGGUCGAGCCCGUGAAGGCCCUGCUCAGCCAGGGGAGCCAGAGGCAGAGGGAAGCCGGGCAGCAGAGGAGUAGCUUGAAGUGGCCAGAAGGGUCGUUUGGGGCGGGAGACUUUGCGCCUGCUGAGAAGUCCUUUUAGCGCCAGCAGCCCCACCCAGGGCCCUGUCCAGUGUCUGCCACCACCUUUGUCUGAUACUUGUCUCCAGGGAAGCUGAGGGAACUGCCACAUCUGAGGAACUGGAAUAAAGAUGAGGGGGCUCGGGGGACCCCCAGACUGUGUGCCCAAGG